AUGGACACUCCGACGAGCGCUUCACCAGGUUUCCAAAAGGUGGAGAUCCAGAAGACGACGUGGGAAGUCCCUUUAAGAUAUACAGCGCUGCGCGCAGUUGGCACCGGUGCCUACGGGACUGUGUGCUCUGCCAUAGACCAGAAGAGCAAGGAGAAGGUGGCUAUUAAGAAGCUGUAUCGUCCUUUCCAAUCCCUCAUCCACGCCAAACGAGCUUAUCGGGAACUUAGGCUGCUUCGCCACAUCGAGCAUGAAAAUGUGAUAUGCCUCCUUGAUGUCUUCACACCUGAUUCAUCCGUGGAGAAAUUCCAAACCUUUUAUAUGGUGAUGCCCUUUGUAGCACAAGAUCUGGGCCACAUAAUGAAAAAGCGGAGAUUGACUGACCGCAUCAUCACAUACCUGUUUUACCAGCUUCUGAGAGGACUUAAGUACAUUCAUUCUGCUGGCAUCAUCCACCGGGACCUCAAGCCUGGUAAUCUUGCUGUAAACGAGAACUGUGAAUUAAAGAUAUUGGACUUUGGUCUUGCGAGGCACACAGAGAGUGAGAUGACUGGUUAUGUGGUGACCCGCUGGUACCGAGCUCCAGAGGUCAUAUUCAAUUGGAUGCAUUACAGUCAGACAGUGGAUGUCUGGUCAGCUGGCUGUAUCCUGGCCGAGAUGAUCACUGGACAGGUUCUUUUUCCUGGGCACGACAGUAUUGAUCAACUAAAAAAAAUCCUUCGCCUUACUGGAACGCCUGACACCUCUUUGGUACAGAAGAUGCAGAGUAAAGAUGCACAGUCGUAUGUUGAAGGUCUUCCUACACAAACAAAGAAGAACUUCAAACAAGUUUUUCCGUCUAUGGAAGAAAAUGCUGUGUCACUACUGGAAGGCAUGUUACUGCUGGAUCCAGACACAAGACUGACAGCCAAACAGGGACUUACCCACCCCUUCAUGGCGGAAUACCAUGACCCGGAGAGCGAACCCGACUCUCGGCCUUAUGAUGACUCUUUUGAGAGCCUGGAGCUCGCCAUUGGGGAAUGGAAGAGUCUCAUCCACAUGGAGAUCAUGACUUUUGACCCUGAUGACCCGAGUAAGACGGCCAUAUAG